UGCUAAUAUGAUAAUUAUUUUAAAAUAAAUGUUUGUCCUAAUAUCUUUCGAGGAGCUUUUAACGGUUAUCAUAUCUAAUAGCUUUUCCCAGAUUCCAUGUAAGCUUCCCGACCAGACUUUGAACCUUCCCAUUGGAGACAGCCGAAGGAACCGUGUCCAUCUUCGGUUCCUCUGCCUCUCGUAUUAUUCCUUUCCUCCAUCUUCACAUCAUCUUUUCUCUUUGCCUAGACAGAUCUCUUCUUUCCACGAAACCAUCUUCUCCCCGAUCUGGGUCGGAUCUGAUUCCUCGGAAGCAACGAAUCUCGAGGCUCCUUUUGUCUUGCCUUUCGGGGAAAGGCGAGAAUAGUUUCCAAGAGGGGAAAAGGAUAAAUUCCCCUUUCCUUCUCUGUAGCUGAUUUGCUUCAAUCGUCUUUGAUCUGGGUAGAGGCAAAUAAAAAUCUUUCCUUUUUUGGCAAAUUAUUUCUGGGCUUGGAACAACUUCGUAGGUUUUGUUUCCGAUUUCGAAUUUCGAUAUUUUUUUCGGGUGUUGAAGGGUUGAAUUUCGCUUCCUAGUGUCCUGUAUCUUUUUCAAGUUGUCCGCUAACUCUAGACAUUUGGGGAUUUUGCUUGGGUUUUGGGUGUUAUCUCCAAUUUUUUUUUACAGAUUUAUUGCUCUAGUCCGAUAUUGGAGAGUUGCAAUUAGGUAUAAUUUCCCUAAAUUCACAAACUUUGUUUCUGUUUUCUUUCAAGUUGAGAGGGUUUAUAGGUUUUAAGAUGACGGGGCUCGAGCUGGGUUAGUCCUUAUGAAAAAUUGAGUCUUUUUAAAGCUUUGGUUUGUUAUAUAUACACACUCCUGAGAUAUGGCAAGCACCAUUGAUGUUACCAAGUAUGGUCACAGUCCUGUUCACCAAGCUGUUGUCACCAGAGAUUACGCCGGUCUCAGGAAACUAUUAUCCGCUCUUCCCCGGAUGCGUGACCCUUCCGAGGUUAAAAACGAAGCAGCUUCCGUGGCUGAAGAGACGAAAGCUGAUUCAAUUGCAGCGGUUAUAGACAGGCGCGACGUCGUUAACCGAGACACGGCUCUUCAUCUAGCUGUAAAGCUCGGUGAUGAGACCUCCGCCGAGAUGCUUAUGGCUGCAGGAGCUGAUUGGAGCUUGCAGAACGAGCACGGAUGGAGCGCUCUUCAAGAAGCUAUCUGUGGCAGAGAAGAGAGGAUCGCUAUGAUUAUCGUUAGGCAUUAUCAGCCUCUGGCUUGGGCUAAGUGGUGCAGGAGGCUGCCUCGGCUUGUGGCUACGAUGCACAGAAUGAGAGAUUUCUACAUGGAGAUCACUUUCCAUUUCGAGAGCUCUGUUAUACCUUUCAUCUCCAGAGUGGCGCCUUCGGAUACUUAUAAGAUUUGGAAGAGAGGUGCGAAUCUCAGAGCGGAUAUGACGUUGGCUGGAUUCGAUGGUUUCAGGAUACAAAGAUCGGAUCAGACUAUACUUUUUCUUGGAGAUGGGUCAGAGGACGGUAAAGUUCCUUCCGGUUCUCUCCUUAUGAUAUCACAUAAGGAUAAGGAGAUUAUGAAUGCCUUAGACGGUGCUGGUGCUCCGGCCUCGGAGGAAGAAGUCCGACAAGAAGUGGCUGCGAUGUCCAAAACGAGCAUUUUCAGACCCGGGAUCGAUGUUACUCAAGCUGUUCUCUUCCCGCAGCUGACGUGGAGGCGUCAGGAGAAGACGGAAAUGGUUGGGCAGUGGAAAGCGAAAGUGUAUGAUAUGCACAAUGUGGUUGUUAGUAUCAAAUCAAGGAGAGUACCGGGUGCAAUGACCGAUGAGGAGCUUUUCUCAAACACUAAUCAAGAAAACGAAACCGAAAGCGAGGAUCUUGGAGACAUCUUGACGGAGGAUGAGAAGAGGCAGCUAGAGUUUGCACUCAAGUUGGAUUCGCCGGAAGAAUCUUCCAACGGUGAGAGCUCAAGGAUUGCUCAGCCGCAUAAUAGUUGUUCUUCCGAGGACCGGGAUAUUCCAGUGACCGAUGGGAACGGGUAUUGCAAACAGGAGAAGAAAGGGUGGUUCAGUGGGUGGAGGAAACGAGAGGAAGGGCACAAACGAAGCAGUGUUCCUCCGAGAAGCUCGCUUUGUGUCGAUGAGAAAGUAAGCGAUCUUCUUGGGGACGAUGAUUCUCCAUCUGGUGGAGGAAGACAGAUAAAACCGGCAAGACACUCGACGGUUGACACUGUUGUGAGAGACGAAAACCGGGGAAUGAAAGAUUCAUCAAAAGCUUCAACAUCAGAAGGCAGCGGAAGUAGUAAGCGGAAGGAAGGUAGCAGAGAGAACGAGUACAAGAAAGGGCUUAGACCAAUUCUUUGGCUUUCUGAGAGAUUCCCAUUACAGACAAAAGAGCUGCUUCCGUUGCUCGAUAUCCUUGCAAACAAAGUCAAAGCAAUUCGGCGUCUAAGGGAGCUUAUGACCACGAAACUACCAUCCGGAACAUUCCCUGUAAAAGUUGCUAUUCCCGUGAUUCCUACGAUUAGAGUACUCGUUACAUUUACAAAGUUUGAAGAGCUAGAAGCAGCUGAAGAUGAGUUUGUCACACCGCCAUCGAGUCCUACUUUUUCAGUCAAGAACAGUCCUCGAGAGGAAGCACAGGCCUCGUCAAGCUCAUCCUCCUCAUGGUUUCAGUGGAUCAAAACACCGAGCCAGCGUCCAUCAACAAGCUCGAGUUCUGGAGGGUUUAGUAUUGGUAAAGCCGAAAACGAUCAAGACCCAUUUGCAAUCCCAAGGGGAUACAAUUGGAUCACAUCUGAAGAGAAGAAAAAGAAGAUGCAAGAGAAGAAUAAAGCUAAGAAAGGCAAGUCAUCUCAGAACAGCUGAAGAAACCAAAAAGCAAUUCGCAAGUAAGAAGAUCUUUCUUUGUCUCUGAAAACAUAAAAUACUGAAAUAGGGAAAUCUAGCAGAUUAUUAUUACUGGUCAAAAAAAAGGGUCGAACCUUUUUCCUGGUUCUUGUACUAAUAAACUGGGUUUAUGUUACCAAAACCAGGGAAAAACAAAUUCAAUUAAAUAUAGUUGGGGAAAUUUAAGGAAUGUUGUGGGUUUAUGUUGUUGUGACUUUAUAUUUGCUUAUGAUUCUUUCUUUGUCUUUUGGUUUAAUCAUUGGCGAUGAUUAUUAUAUCUCUGUAUCAUCAUCUUGAAAUAAGCUUAAGUUGUUGGAGAUUCAACAAUGUUUCUUCAAACUUGGCAUUUCUUAUCUCUAAUUUUUUUUCUUCC